AUGGCUGAAUUGUCUGCAAAAAAAUUGCCUAGAGACAGAAAAGCUAGUUUCACAUCAAUUGAGGCCAACCUUAUAAGUUUCAGAGUUACUCAUGAGUUGGAGUUAUUGAAAGGGGGAUUUUCCCAAGAAGUUAUUAACCAGAAGAAUAAUGAGCUAUGGAAACUCAUUACAGAGGAAGUCAAUGCGUUGGGUGUUUGUAUGAGGAGUGAGACAGAAGUCAGGAACAAAUACCGCAAUAUGUGUCGGGGUGCCAAAGAGAAGUUCACCAACAACAGAAAGGAAAUGGACAAAACUGGAGGUGGACCACCACCCACACAGCUAACUGUUGCCGAAGAAAAUAUAGUUAAUGCUAUGAGGGAUAGUGCCUCAUUCAUUGGAGUUGGUGGCUUGGAGACAGAAAUAACUUGCAAUGAUAAGAACUUAUCAGUUGCUUACACCAUAGAAGAAAGACUAUAG